AUGGCCCAACCUGAAGUCAAUGCUCCCUGUCAGCCCAAGGCCCCCUCUGUCCAUUGGAAUGAGGACGACAUUGCUACCCUUAUCGACUAUCUAUAUGAGCAUCGCUCACAGGCUGAAGGGGGAGGCAACUUCAAGCAACAGGUUCUUGAGAAUGCUGCAGUGUUCAUCAACACCCAUGAGCCACUUCAAGCCAAGCAGUCAGGUGCACUGAAGACAGCAAAAGCACUCAAAGCCACCUUCAAUUCUAUUGAGAAGUACCGCAACCAGACAGGGGUCCACUGGGACAAUGAGACUGGAGCUGGGAUCAAAGGAUCUGCGGCUGAUGCUGUGUGGAAAUCAUAUCUUGCUGUCAAGGUAUUUACCCGCAUUUUUAUAUUGAUUUGA